AAAUAAAUAAUGAGACUCUGGUUUACUUCCACCUGUGUGUUCCAAGGCUGUUGGCUUUUAGACUGGCUACUUCCCUGUUGCCAUUUGAAGCUCUGCAUUUGAACUAAUUAUGGGCUAAAACUGGUUACCAAAGCAAGUUUGACGAGGAAUUGUAGAAGCUGUAGGACUGAGUAAAGAUCUCCGAACAUUUCAUGGCAAAUUAGUGUUUUGAAAGUGGUUGUGAAUGGAUCCCAUGCAACAUAAUGGCAUUCCACGAAGCUGUACGCUGGCCACUAUGGAAGAUCUGGAUGACAAGGAAAACAAUGAUUUUAACUUUUUUCGCCAGGCAUCAGAGCGGUUUAUGCGCUCUGUAAGAAGAGCCAAAGGGAGUUUUUCAUGGAGUUUUUCAUCAUUUAUGUCAAGAACUGAGACACCAAGUAAAAAGCAAAAGCGUCCACGCUCUCUCACUAUUGGGGAAAAUGUACCAGUAUUUGAAAUCUCAAGCUAUUUUGGGAAUAUUUAUAGAAGAGGUGCUAAACGAUGGAGAAAAAUUCACAUUGUAAAUGGUCAUUCUUUUGUAGCGAAAAGAUUUAGUAGGCUAGCUGCAUGUGCUUUCUGCUCAGACAGGAUAUGGGGCCUCGGCAGAUCGGGUUACAAGUGUCUAGAAUGCAAACUGGUGGUUCACAAAAAGUGUCACAAGCUAAUCAAGAUACAGUGUGGACAGCAAUUGAUGACGCAGGGCAAUGCCAUGCACUCAUCCCUACCCCCAAUAGGAGCGAUUGGCACCAAGCUCCCCACCAAUGAAGAUUUAGGUCCAAAAAGAACUCGGAGCGACAGCCCUGCUACACGGAAACGAGGUUUGGUGACUGUUGAUUACAACAGCAGUUCACGAGCGAAAGAGCCUGGAUCAGGCGCAGGCGCAUUGAUCUCCGUCAAUGAUUUUAACUUGAUCCGCGUGAUCGGCAGAGGAAGCUACGCCAAAGUCAUGCUGGUCGAGCUUAAAAAGACAAAGAGAAUAUACGCCAUGAAAGUAGUGAAAAAAGAAUUAGUUAAUGAUGACGAGGACAUCGACUGGGUUCAGACUGAGAAGCACGUGUUUGAACAAGCGUCUAAUCAUCCGUUUCUAGUAGGACUACAUUCGUGUUUCCAGACUUCUAGUAGGUUGUUUUUCGUAAUCGAGUACGUGAGCGGUGGUGACCUGAUGUAUCACAUGCAGAGGCAAAGGCGAUUACCAGAGGACCAUGCCAGGUUUUAUUCAGCUGAAAUCUGUUGUGCAUUAAAUUUUUUACAUGAAAAAGGUGUGAUAUACCGUGAUUUGAAGCUUGACAAUGUUUUGCUGGACAGCGACGGGCACAUCAAACUCACGGAUUACGGCAUGUGCAAGGAGGGCAUCAGACCCGGAGAUGUAACAAGCACGUUUUGCGGAACGCCUAACUACAUCGCCCCCGAGAUCCUACGUGGGGAGGACUAUGGCUUUAGUGUGGACUGGUGGGCGCUAGGUGUACUCCUGUACGAGAUGCUGGCGGGAAGAUCACCCUUCGACAUUGUAGGAAGCGCCGAUAACCCUGACCAGAACACUGAGGACUAUCUCUUCCAAGUCAUUCUCGAGAAGCCCAUCAGAAUUCCGAGGUCGCUAUCGGUCAAGGCCGCCUCUAUACUCAAGGGAUAUCUGAAUAAGAACCCAACAGAGCGUCUAGGCUGCCAUCCGCAGACAGGCUUUGCUGAUAUCACAUCGCACGCGUUCUUCCGCACGGUCAGCUGGGAGCAGCUAGAGGCCCGACAGGUCACGCCGCCCUUCAAACCGAGGCAGGAGGACCCUUACGGACUAGAGAACUUCGACCCGCAAUUCACAAACGAAGACGUGCAGUUCACACCUGAUGAUCCGAAAAUGUUAGAGACGAUAGACCAGACGGAGUUCGAGGGUUUCGAAUACAUCAAUCCGCUUCUUAUGUCAGUAGAAGACUCAGUCUGAUCUGGCUUGACAGCUAAUGUCUCGCUAAGGAGUGUCACGCCGCGCUUGAAUACACGCAAUGUGCCAAGCGGUGCUACUAAUAGGUUGGAUAGAGCCAGAAUAUAAGUAUUAGCCCCUUGGGUGUUACUCCAAGGCGAUUCAUACUACAUAACACACAUCUUGUCAUAAAUGGCUCGCAGGGAUGGUGUAAUGCUUAUGAAGGCUAAGUCUAGUCACUAAAACUACCCUUUCGAACUUUCAUCUGGAAAAGUUUCAUUAUUUCUUAUUUACAAUGAUAUUCAUCUUGAUUUUAACAGCAUCUGUAUAUUACGGUUCGCAUCAUGGUUAUGUUAAAUAGAAUUAGAUAGGUCUUAAUAUUCUAAUAUGUAUUCUGAGUAUACGUCACUCACGCGCGCCUUUGAAUGCUCGCAUUGUUUUCUAGGAACAGACAUAUUCCCAGCCUAGAUACUCUGGGUAGGCAUGACUCCAAGCUUCACUCGUGGUCAUUGCCGCACUUUUGCGACUCUUUGGCUUGUGAAAGAGUGAAGCUUGGAGCCUCUGGUUCCCAGAGCGCAGCCCAGAGGGUCGUAUGGUAUGUUUUCUCUCUACAUUGAUUUUAUCGCCUGAAACUAGAUGUUAACAUUCAUUUCCGUCGGCUGAUCUGGGGGACUGCUAUUGUAAUAUUUUUUUGAUUAAAGUAAACGAAAUUUAUAAAACUCUCUUUUUAGUCGGUUCGGUUAGUGGUUUUCAAAAACCCGUGGAAUACUAUUUAGUACUUGCUAAAUCAGGGCCGUAGCAGGGGGUGGGGCACUGGGGGCAUGUACCCCUCCAGUAUUUUCAAAAAUUAUAAGGAAAUGACCAGUAGGGGUGUGGCUGUGCCCCCCAAUAUUUUCUUAAUGUUCCUGUAUUGUGACCCCCCCCCCUCAAAUCUUACGGGGCCUGCAACGGGUCAGUGAGUAGUACAGUCUUUGUUCUCUUUUGUUCUUGCUUGACUAUUACACUUUAACAAUUUUAUUUUGUUAUGCACGGGAUUUUAAAAACCACUAUUGAGAUUUCUUUACAUAAUAUUGGCUAAUAACAUUGCUUACGCAUGUAUAGGCAAUUAUUUUGAAGACAAAAGUUCAGGGUUGUAAUAAAUACAAAUCUUCACGA